AUGCUGCUUUUCUUCACCAAGCCAGCUUCUUCUUCUCCUUCCAUUUGUUCUUGUUCCUCUCUCUUUCUCUCUCUCCUUCCAUUUGUUCUUGUUCCUCUCUCUCUCUCUCUCUCUCUCUGUGAUCAAUCUGCCGAGCUUCACCAUGGAUGAAUACUCCGGUCAGCUCCCUCUCCCCGAACCCGUGGAAUUCGCCCACACUUCGGAGGAGGAGGAGGAGCUGCAGCGUAGCCCCGCCACCGAGCCGCCAAGGCCAUCCAGGGCCACCGCUCCGAGGAAGCCUCGAGGCCGCCCACCGGGCUCUAAAAACAAGCCCAAACAGCCGGUGGUGCUCACUCAAGAGAACGACUCAGGCAUGAAGUCGGUGGUCCUGGAGAUCGCCGAGGGAAUGGACGUGAUCGACACGGUGGUGCAGUUCGCGCGCCGCCACCAACUCGGGGUCGCCAUUCUCGGCGCCCGCGGGUCCGUUUCCAACGUCGUGGUCCGCCUCCCGGCGGCGGUUAUGACGAUCCAGGGGACCCAUGAAAUCAUCUCCCUCACGGGCACUUUCAUGGCUUCUCUACCGGUAUCGUCUUCUGCUUCCUCACCGUCUCUAUCUCCUUUCGCUUUCGGUAUAGCUCUUGCCGGGCCAAAUGGCACCAUAUACGGGGGAGUGUUAUGCGGUCAGGUAAAGGCCGCCUCCACGGUGGUGCUGUUACUGGGCACUUUCCAAAUGCCAUUGUUUUACAAGUUCGAAGAGGCUAGGGUUGGACGCCGCGGCGGAGGCGGAGCCGGCGACGAGGGCUUCGUGAUUACGCAGGCAGCCCCUGUCACUGCCGUGUCAUGGGCUCCUACUGUUCGCCCAUUUUAGUGUCUUGGUUUCAAGGUUUUCUUGUUUUUGUUUUGUAGCUUCGUUUUCACAGUGCAUGUCAUUAGCUAAUCCCCCUUUUGUGGGAUCCCAUCAUUGU